AUGGCCGACGAUCGUGAAACGAUCACGCGCCUGCUUUACUCGCUCGCAUCCCGCAAGGAGGUCGAGAGAUACCUGCGCAUCUUUAGCACGGCCAACAAGUUUGCCGUGCUCAAGGUGGGAGGCGCGAUCUUGACGAAUGAGCUCGACGAUCUUGCAUUGAGUCUAAGCUUUUUGCACCGCGUCGGCCUCUACCCGGUCGUCCUGCACGGCGCCGGUCCGCAGCUAAACGAGAUUCUGGAGAAGGAGGGUGUCGAGCCCGACUACUCGGAUGGCAUCCGCAUCACCGAUGCCUCGACACUGCGCGUCGCCCGCCGCGUGUUCCUCGAGGAGAACCAGCGCCUGGUCGAGAAGCUCGAGUCACUGGGAAGCCGUGCACGGCCCAUUCCCCUUGGCGUCUUUACCGCCUCGUACCUCGACCGCGAAAAGUACGGUUUGGUCGGCAAAAUUGAUCGCGUGGACAAGGAGCCGAUCGAGAGCGCGAUCCGUGCGGGCUGCCUGCCGAUCCUCACGAGUCUCGCCUUGACCGAGGACGGCCAGAUCCUUAACGUGAAUGCAGACGUGGCCGCGAGCGAGCUCUCCAAGGUGCUCGAGCCGAUGAAGAUUGUCUACCUCAACGAAAAGGGCGGUCUUGUGCACGGCAAGACGGGCGAGCUGAUCGAGGCGAUCAACCUCGACGAGGAGUACGACGGCCUGAUGAAGGAGGAGUGGGUCAAGUUCGGCACCAAGCUCAAGCUGCGUGAGAUGAAGGAGCUGCUCGACCACCUGCCUCGCUCCUCGUCCGUGGCAAUCAUCUCGGUGGACCAGCUCCAGAAGGAGCUCUUUACCGACAGCGGUGCGGGCACGCUCAUCCGCCGCGGCUACAAGCUCUUCAAGAGCCACUCGAUCGAGGAGAUCGGCGCAGAGCGUCUGCGCACCGUCCUCCGCGAGCACGAUGAUGACGUGCGCGAGAACCGCAAGAGCGUCGCACAGAUCUUCUCCGAGCUCUCGCGCCACCCGUACACGAUUUACGGCGAUGAGGCGCUGGAGUGUGUCGCGUUCGUGUCGCACCCCCCGGGUGAGGUCCCGAUUCUUUCGCGCAUGGUCACUUCGCGCAACGCGGUGAUGAACAACAUUGUCGACAACAUCUGGAGCAUGAUCCGCAAGGACCACAAGCGCCUCGUCUGGACGGCCCGUGCCGACGACGAGAACCGCGCGUGGCACUUUGAGCACGCCGACGGCAGCUUCACGCGCGACCGCCGCAGCCUCUUUUACUACGGCAUCCAGGACGUGGGCGAGGUCGAAAAGGUGAUGCGUCACCUCGAAGACAACAACCGCGUCGAGCGCGCCUACCUCCCCCUGAACGCCCGCAAGGUGGCGCCUUCGCGCGGCUUUGCGACGCUCGCCGCGUCGCACACGCGCCCGCAGAUCGCUACGGCCGCGCACGAGCUGCUCGCCACGCGCCGCACCUAUGCGACGAGCGCGGUGCCGAAGCGUGUCGCGCUGAUCGGUGCGCGUGGCUACACUGGCCGCUCGCUCGUGCAGCUCAUCAACGAGCACCCCAGCCUCGAGCUGUCGCACGUCAGCUCUCGCGAGCUCGCGGGCCUCCCCCUUGAGGAGUACACCAAGGGCGAGGUGUCCUACUCCAACAUCUCGCUCGAGGACCUGAAGAAGCUCGAAAAAGGCCACGGCGACGUCGCGCCGCCGGACGCCUAUGUGAUGGCGCUCCCCAACGGCGUGUGCAAGCCGUUUGUGGACGCUGUCCGUGAGGGCGGCGCCGGCAAGCCCAAAGGCCACGGCGUGAUUGUGGACCUGAGCGCCGACCACCGCUUUGACUCCGAGUGGACGUACGGACUUCCUGAGCUGUACAACCGCGAGGCGGUGCGCAGUGCCAAGCUGAUUUCGAACCCUGGCUGCUAUGCGACAAAUACGCAAAUGCUUCUUGCGCCGCUCCUUCCUUUUAUUGACCCUGCGCAGGCGCCCACCGUCUUCGGCAUCUCGGGCUACAGCGGCGCCGGAACGCAGUCGUCCGGCAAGCGCGCUCCGGGCGAGCGUCCCGUGACGCUGCCCAAGAUCACGCCCGAGUCGCUGAGCGGCGGUGUCCGUCCCUACGCAUUGACUGACCACAUCCACGAGCGCGAGGCCCGCCACCACCUCGCGACGCUCGGCGAAGGCGAGGUGAAGGUCGCCUUUACGCCGUCUGUCGCUCCGUGGUUCCAGGGUAUUAUUUCUACGGCGAGCAUCCCCCUCAAGUCCAAGCUCACUGCGAAGCAGGUCAAGGAACUCUUUGAGAAAAAAUACGGCGCGGAGCCGUUGGUCGAAAUCAAGAGCGCCGUGCCCGAAAUUAGCGACAUUGUGCUGCGCCACGGCUUCAAGGUCGGCGGCUUCCAAGUCCAGUCGGAGGGCGAGCGCGUGGUGAUUGUCGGCGUGAUCGACAACCUGCUCAAGGGCGCUGCUACCCAGUGCCUGCAGAACCUCAACCUCGCGCUCGGCUACGACGAGCGGGCCGGCAUCCCUACCGCCUAG